UUUGUUGUUAAAUAAUUUUCGGUUAAUAAUAAAACAUGUGUUGACAUUAUGUUCAAAUGAAGUGCUGGUGUUAUUAAUAUUGUGACUUUUCACCAACUGACAAAAAAAAAAGAAGAAGGAAAUUCUCAAUUCGGAAGUUCGUAUUUUUUAGUGUUUAUUUGUGUAGGUAAGUAGAUCAAUUGGCUCUGAAAGGAAUUAAGAAGAAAUAAUGGUAGCUGCGAAAAGACUGAUUUUGUACAUUGGAAUACCGCUUGUAGCUCUACUGAUAGUGGUGGGAACUGCAGUGGGAUUAAUAUUUUAUUAUAAAGAUCCUGAAGCCGCUGCAACCAAUUCAAGAAAGAAACUAGUAAUCGACCAUGACGGUGGUGCGGACGAUGCCUUCGCCAUAACCAUGAGUUUGCUCAAUGAAAAAUACUUCUGCGGGCCAAACGUAGUCGCCUUGACAGCAACAUUCGGCAAUGUGAACAUAUCUCAGGCAGUAAUCAACAGCGACAGAAUACUAUCAUUAGUUGACAGACAAGAUGUACCAAUAUACAAAGGUGCUUCAAAAGCCGUGAUAGGCGGCAUAGAAUCUGACAACUUUUAUGGUUACGAUGGCCUGGGUGACGACGGCUAUAUGGCUGAGGGGCCCAUUGAUUAUGAGGACCAAUACGCUGCUGUGGCUCUUCUAGAGCUUUCGAAGAAAUAUGAAGGAGAUCUGAUCAUAAUUGCUGUUGGUCCUAUAACGAAUAUAGCGUUGGCGGCCCGGCUCGACCCUGAUUUUAUCGGCAGACUUCAUCAACUAUACGUUGGUGGUGGUCAUAUUUAUAGUGAAGCACACCCUAAGCCAGAAUUCAACGCCCACGUGGACCCUGAAGCUUACCGUAUCGUGGCUGACAGUGCUACACCUGACAAAGUGACUUUUGUACCGUUCUCACAAGUUUACGACACGCUGAAUAUAUCUCAAUCCUGGCGUGACGAUGUCUUAGGACAAAUUCCAACGCCAACAAUGAGAGCUCUGAACGGAUUUGAAAGGAUAUCAUCUCAAGGGCACACCGCCUGGACUCAGCUGGACCCAGCAGUAACUGCUGUGGCAUUGCAUGAAAUUGCUGAUGAAUACAGGAAUUCUAACUUCAGCAUUUUAUUAGAAGGUGAAAAACGAGCAAUCAACACAAACGACUUCUCCUCUGAACAUCCUAACGCAAGACUGAUGUAUGCAGCCAAUAAGGAUAGAUAUAAGAAGUUUUUAAUAGAUAUUUACUCCGCUGAGUUAUCGCCUUGAUUUGAUUAAAAAUAACGUAAUUUUUGUGUGACAAGUAAUAAAUAAUAUGCAGCCAUUCGAUGCUUGACGAAUUUGCAUUAAUGUUUUGUUCAUAAAGUUAAACUUGAUAGCGGCAAAGUUAUUUGUAGCCAACUAUCCUUUUAAAGCAUUUGUGCGUAAUCGUAUAAUGCGGUAUUAAAUAAUAAGCAUAAAAAAACCUUGGACCAUGUGGCACAUAUUUAACAAAACAUUCGAAUAUAUAUUUAUUUUCAAACAUUUUUAUAAUAAAACUGUUCGUUUUAAGGGUUAAAUCAAAGAGUAUCUACAAUCAAAUGCCUGAACUAAAGCAGCAUAUAUCAAUCAGGUUGAUUAGCAUAUUUUACAGUCAGUUAGGUUAUUUAGCGAUAAGCAUAAUGUUCAUAAUUAAGUAUAAAAUGUGUGUAUAAGUUUAUUUAUAAAUAACCAAAAUAC